AUGAACCGCUCCAAGGACAAGGGCGACAAGGAGCGCUAUCUCACCUACUCCAUCACCGAAUGGAGCGCUGAAGACAAGUUUCGCAAUGCUCGGGUCCUGCUCGAAGGAGACCUUCUCGAUCAGCUCGACCAGCAGCUAAUCGCCGGAGACGACGACGUGCGCAUGGACGACAAGGAGUUCAACAGCGCACUGUACAAGGCAUCGGUCGUCGUGAUGCCUGUGGACUACGCAGUGAAGAUUCAAGAGGAAUUGUGGGAGAUAAGGAAGCUCUGCAGCGAAUCCCGCGCCGACUACAACAAGCGCUUUCGCACGUUGGUGAGGAUGGAACACGUGGUGGCCGAACUGCAUGGCGGCACACAUCUCGCUGAAGACGCGUUGUGCCGACUCUACAAGCGCGGCUUGCCAUUUGAGUGGCAGAGCAAGUAUGACUCGAGCGGCCAGUCGUAUCUCACUAUUGCAACACUAGUUCCCUACUUCGAGCGCAUCGAACAAGGAGAGCAACGACUACAAAGCAGAAAUCACAGUCGCGACAACAACAGCAAUUACCGUCCAGGAGGUAACCGUGGACAAGGCCGUGGACGUGGAAGGUGUGGUGGCUUCGGCGGAAACAACAGCCACCAGAACAACUCGCGCAACCAGCAGCAGCGCAACCAGCACCGUGGCAACGGUGGCAACAACAGCGGCGGAAACAAGUACUGCAUAUUCCACCGCACCUCCUCGCACUCCACGCAAGAGUGCCGCGUACUCCAUGGCCAGAACCAACAAGAUGAGCACCAGCAAGCCGACCACGAACGCAGUUUCAGCUCCAGAGGACGCGGUGGUCGUGGUGCAGGAAGCCGUCCCAGCCAGACGUUUGUCGAACGACGCAGCCAGCGUGACGCAAGUUCAAGCGAUGAAGAAUAUAUGUUUGUCGGGCUACAAGACGAAGUUAAACGCUCGCAGCCCCCAAUGCGCGCGAUGAUUAAGCUGGAACAUGGGAAGGAGCACUACAAAGCUCUACUGGACAGUGGAUGUUCCCGUAGUCUCGUGAGUGCUGAGUUCGCAUAG